AUGCUGUCUCUACGUCGUCUACUCGUGUUCACAAGGUCAUUGUCUGGAUUCUCCCCUCUCAGCCUCCGCAUCUUUACCACAACACCCACCCUCCCUCAAAAGCCCCUCCCACCACGACCCACAAUCCUCGAAAGCGACAUAACAGAAGCCUUCCUCAAAGGCACCGGUCCCGGCGGCCAAAAAAUCAACAAGACCUCCUCGGCAGUACAAUUAAAACAUCUCCCCACCGGUAUAGUGAUCAAAUGUCAAGAAACCCGUUCGCGCUCGCAGAAUCGCAAGAUCGCCCGCCGUAUCCUGGCAGAAAGGAUAGAAGUUUUGGUCAUGGGACAUGACAGUCGUGCUGCAAUAAAAGCUGAGAGGGAAAAGAAGAAAAAGGCGAGUAAGAAUAAGAAAGCCAGGAGAAAGUAUCGCAAGCUGGAAGAUGGCAAGGAAGUGGAAGUCGAUGAUGAAGGUGAAGAGGAGGGUGAAGAGGAAGGCGACGACAGCACUCCCGAGACACGCGACAUCAAGGUGCGACAAGAAGGCGUGGGAGAGCCAUCACCUGCUCCAUCUCCGCAUGCUGCUCAGUCGCACCAAGACCAGCCCUCUCACGACAAACCCUGA